CUAGUAACGUUUCUGUCAGUCAGACGCCCAGCUAACUCGUGUCCAGUCCACUGCUGCUACUGACAUUAUUGCUGCUAACGCUCCUGCUGGCACUGUUGUUAAUUAGCGGUGUUGGUGUCACAGUGGCUACUGACACUACUGAUUACGUUUCUGUUACUAACACAUUUAUUUCUGUCAGUGUUGCUGAGGCUGCCGUUGCUGCCGUAACUGGCUCUGCCGCUGACAACCGCUUCCGCAGUUCCGGCUGACACUGCCAAUACUGACACUGCUAGUGGCAUUGACUCUGCCGACGUUGCUGCUGAAUCUACGGUGUCUGCUGUCUUCAGUCUUCCCUGAAAGUUCCAUCAAAGAAAAAUUAAACUGAAGAUAGACCAAGAUCUCCAGCAACGAUGGAGUGGUGGGCGUGGGCACCUCUCAUCAUCGGGGCAUGGGCACAGGGCACUACCAUGUAUGUUGCUUCAGGAAUACCCACUCAGUGUGUGUCACAGCAGCAUCAGAACAACACCUACAGUGUCUCUUUCAGUGUACAGUGUGCAGUGUUAAGUAACCUACUUGGAGCUGUCACCCACACGUUUGAUGACAUAAACUCUUGCACCCUGGUCGGUGAAGGGAUGAUGUCUACUAAGUCUGAAGUGACCUACUCCUCCUUCCCUGCCCUGGAGACCCUGCAAGAGGUGGCUAGAGGAAAAAACACCUUCGGGAGUCCUUAUUAUGGAGAGUGGGUGCCGAGCCUGGCUGUGGACGGCAUCGAGUUGGACUCCAGCAUGUCGCACUCAGACAACGGUGUAGUGCGCCCCUGGUGGCUGGUGGACCUGGGCACUACCCAUACCCUCCACGAGGUACUCAUCCUCUCCAGGAGGGACCAGUUCUCAGUGAGGUUACAUAACGUUGAGAUCCGCGUGGGCAACACCUUCAUCAAUAACAGCGACUACACCUCGUACGUGCUCUUCUCCACGUACUUGGGUCCCUACCAAAUAAAUGAUGGGUAUCUCUCCUGUCGACGGGCAGGUGGUAUCGUCGGCAGAUACGUCAGCAUCCAGCGGGUCACACCUGAAGACGAUUUUGCUGCAGCUGGUCGAGGUGAAAAGUCGGUCAAGAUCAUCUGA